GGCUCACAACAGAUGAGGGAUCCAUCCUGCAAAGACACACAGCCCAGAGAUGUCCUCAGGAAAGCAGCUGGCUCUCUGGCUAGCAUGGAUGGGGACUUUGAUAGCCCUGAGCCACCAAGCUCCGAGGUUGCUGAUGGUAGCCCCCAGCGUAGUGACCGUGGGGGCAAAAGUUGGGGUCGUCCUUCAGGUUGAGGGGACCUCGUCUGCCCUCUCUGGCAACGUUUUUUUCCAGAACGAGAAUAAUGGGGUGAAAUGUUCUCAUGAGGUGAAGUUCAACCUAAAGCCUGAUACCUUUGUGGAAAGAGUGACCCUGGAGGUGACCAAUACAUUAUUUGACCAGUGCAAAUUGUCUCACCAGCGACGGGACAGCUACAUCCAACUUGUUGCCCACAGCACCCAGCUUCCUACCCCUAAUGGCAUGCAAACACUCAACCUGCGCUGGAGUUCCCGGCAAGGGUACCUGUUCCUGCAGACAGACAAGCCCAUAUACACCCCCCGGGAAACAGUGCAAUACCGAGUCUUCGCUCUGGACCACAAACUGCGGCCCCGUGCCGAAUCUGUUGUCACCACCGUGCAGAACCCACAGGGCAUUCAGGUCCAGAAAAAAGAAAACAUGCCAAUGCGUUUUGUGAUAACUAAUAACCUGAAAAUCCCCGAUAUCGCUGCCCCUGGCAUUUGGCGCAUUACAUCCUGGUUUUCGAAAGCACCUCAUACCAAUACGACAACCGAGUUCGAGGUGAAAAAAUAUGUGCUCCCACAUUUUGAGGUGAAAAUUGACCCAGGACGCAAAUACAUACUCACCUCAGGAGAAGAGGACUCUGAACUGCAAAUUGACCUUCAAGCUAAAUUUUUCUACGGGAAGGGGAUCCGUGGCACAGCCUAUGUGCGGUUCGGCGUGGCUGACGAUACUGGGGGGAAAAUGUAUAUCCCAGGCCUGGCAAAACAAGUCCCGGUUGUUGAUGGGAGAGCUUCUCUGACGCUAAAACGCAGUCUCCUUGCAGAGAAAGUGGAGCGCCCUCUAGAGGACUUGGUUGGGACAAAUCUCUACAUUGCAGCUACCGUCGUAGAGACCGCGAGCGGAGAGCUGGAGGAGGAAGAACUGGUUUCGGUGAAAUUUGUGGCCUCUCCAUAUUCGGUGGACCUGUCCAAAACCAUGCACUAUUUUGUGCCUGACGGGUCCUUUGCAGUGGUGGCUAUUGUUUUGCUCCCAGAUGGCAGCCCUGCCUCACAGCUCCCAGUUCACUUCUCCACUCAGAUAACAGGGGCCUCGUCCCCUGGCGACACCACACUCAACACUGACGACCGUGGCGUUGUGACAUACGAAAUCAACCUGGAUCGUAGAGCUACAGCAGUCACUUUCAUGAUAACCGCUGGGGCAGAGCAUCCGGCCAAAGUCAACUUCACUGCUACAGCCAUGAGCUCUACGAAUGGCCUCUACUUGAUCUUACAUAGCGAGGGAUACCAAACCUUGAAGCCUGGAGGGCUGUUCCAGCUGGGACUCAAAUACAUUGGACCAGAUGUCUCCCCUUCCUUCUACUACAUGGUUUUGAACAAAGGGGACAUUGUCCUUGUAGACAGCAAGCCCCACGGUUCAUAUGUCAAGGUCUCCGUCCCCGUCACAGCAAACCUAAUGCCGUCAUUUCGCUUUGUGGCCUUCUUCCGCCUUGGAGAUGAAGUUGUGGCGAACUCGGUGUGGGUGGAUGUUGUUGACAGCUGUGAGGGGAAGCUGGAACUUCGUGUCACAGGAAAUCGGCUGAAACCCCAGGAACCCUUGACCCUCACCAUAAACACGGAUGCGAAAUCCCAAGUGUCUCUCUCUGCUACUGAUAGUGCUGUUUAUGCCCUCAACCAGAAGAAUCGCCUCACACAGGCCAAGGUUUUCCAGGCCAUGGGAAGUUACGACCUGGGCUGCUCUCCCGGCAGUGGGAAAGAUUCCCUCAGCGUUUUUGCCGAUGCCGGACUCUCCAUUCGUACGGAUAAGUUGACAAGUCCCCUCCGGAAAGCGCAUGGAUGCAGCGUGGACGUUUCCCGGAAGAAGCGCUCAUUGAAUCUUCAAACUGAGCUGCAGAAGAAGCUCUCCACUUACCAGACUGACCCCAGUUUGCAGAAAUGCUGCCAGGAUGGCAUGGUGGUAAUCCCCAUGCGCUCCUCGUGUGAGCAGCGGGCCAUGCGGAUCCGGGGAGAGUGUGCCGUCGUCUUCCUUGACUGCUGCAAACAUGCUGCCGCCCUCCGGCGCAAAUCCAGAGGAGGAUCUCAGGGGCUUGCGCGGACUCAAUUUGAAAAGGACAUGGAGGAUUUUGAAGGAUCUAUUCGAAUCCGAACUGCCUUCAAGGAGAGCUGGCUCUGGACAUCGGCCCAAGUUGAUGGGACCUACACGAUGAUGCCACUUCUUCCUGAUUCCAUCACUACUUGGGAGAUACAGGCUGUUAGCAUGUCUCCUGAAAAAGGGAUCUGUAUCUCGGAACCCCUUCGAGUUACAGUGUUCCAAGACUUCCACAUAUCUCUGAGGCUGCCGUACUCAGCGAAACGGUUAGAACAGAUAGAGCUUCGCCCGGUUCUCUACAACCACUUGAGAUACCCAGUUACGGCCAAAGUACAUCUGGAGCCAACAGUGGGCAUUUGCUCUCCAGCAACCAUAGGGCCGAAUCAGGAGCGGGAGGUGGAGGUGCCUGGGAACUCUGCAGUUUCCGUGCCCUUUGUUCUGGUACCCAUGAGAAAUGGAAAGAUCAGUAUCACUGUCGUUGCCCUUAGUCCCUCUGGGUUUGGGGACAAAGUUAGCAAGGAACUACAAGUUGAGAGAGAGGGUGCCUUAAAAGUGGAGGAAUUCACCAUCCCCCUGGAUAUUGAAGAUGGGCGUGCUAAAUCUAUGGAAAUUUCAGGCAAGGUGCCCUCCAACGCCAUUCCCGACGGAGACUUCAGGAUGAGCGUCCGGUUAACAGGAUCGUUUCCUGCUGACACCCUGGAGAGUUCUCUGUCGCCGGAGAGCGUAUCCCCAUUGCUGCGUGUGCCAAGUGGUUGUGGGGAGCAAACAAUGUCCACACUGGCUCCUGGGCUCUACGCCAUGCGCUAUCUGGACCAGACGGAGCAGUGGGUGCACUUGAAGCCAGACAUGAAGGCAUCAGCCCUGGCGAACCUCAAGACGGGCUAUGAACGUAUGCAAAAUUUCCGGAAAGCAGAUGGGUCCUAUUCUGUUUUUUCUGAACACACGGCCAUCAGCAGUACCUGGCUGACAGCUUUUGUGGUGAAGGUUUUUUCUCUGGCCUGUAACUACCAGGCUGUGGAUGAGGACAGACUCCGUGAAUCAGUGCAGUGGCUGCUGGGAAAGCAGUCUGGUGACUUCUUCUGGGAACCCCGAAUCGUCCGCUACUACGGGCCGCAGGGUAGCCUCCCUGAACGCGUCUGCCUUACGGCUUUUGUCACCAUCGCCCUGAAACAGGCCUCCUUGGUCUUGUAUGUGGAAGGAGAUUCAGAUCCUGAGAGAAAAGCAGUGAAGCAGGAACAACGUAGACAAGUGCUGCAGGCCAUCGCUCAAGCUACUGCCUUCCUCACCCGCGAGCAGGACGACCCGUCCCUUAAUAGCUUCGCCAUUGCCAUCUCCAGCUAUGCCCUGUCGCUCGCUUCUGACAACCAGGCAGCCAUUGCUGCGGCCGAUGCCCGGCUGAGGGCGCUCGCUGUGCAGGACAAAGACAACAGCACAGUGAUGUUCUGGGCAGUGCAGAAGGAGGACAAGGACCGCGGCUUGCAACCUCCUGGCCAAGAGCCACGAAUUUCAGCCAUAUCAGUGGAGGCCACCAGCUAUGGACUCCUCCACUUACUGGAGCAAAAGGACGCCCAAGCUGCUGGCAGGGUUGCCCGGUGGCUCAUGGGGCAGAGGAACUAUGGGGGAGGCUUCCAGUCCACACAGGACACGGCUGUGGCACUGGAAGCUCUGUCUCAGUACUGGAUCAGCACCUUUGCAAAGGAAAACAACGAACUGAAAGUGACUCUCAGCACCUCUGGGAAAGGUUUAGCCAGGGCAUUCACAUUUGGGAACACUCGCGACCCAAUCCAGGAAGAACUUCAGUUUCCCAUGGGGAAGGACAUCAACGUGAAGGUGGAAGGAAACGGGAAAGCGAAAGGGACACUGACGGUCCUGAAGCAAUUCCAUGUCUUGUCAAUGCAGAACACCUCAUGCCAAACCCUUGAGCUCGAGGUGAAUGUGACUGGUUCCAUGGAGCAUAGACCUGAAGUGUUUGAGGAAUACUACGAAGAUGAAGAUUACGACCUAGACUAUGGGCCGCCAUCACUGCCCGCUGACCAGCCGCUGUCACCCAUCCACUUGUUUGAUGCCCGGCAACGUCGCAGGAGGGAAGCCAGAGAACCUGGGCAGCCUCAGCGGGAGGUCCUUUACCACGUCUGCUUCUGGAGACAGCCAGGUGCAGAAGUCGUUGGCAUGGUCAUUGUUGACAUAACGAUGCUUAGCGGCUUUGAGCCAGAAAAGGAGGACCUUGACAAGCUGCGAGAUCUUGCCGAUCAAUACAUCAGCCUUUGGGAGAUCCAGGGACAGCGGCUGCUCCUGUAUUUCAACUCGGUGCCGGAAUCAGGACGUGAGUGCAUAUCAUUUAGAGCGAAACAGUUGGUACCCGUGGGGAAGCUCCAGCCAGCUAGCGCCACCAUAUACGACUUCUACGAACCAGACCAGCGCUGCACCAUCUUCUAUGGUGCCCCCAAUAAGUCCCAGUAUGUAUCUGCCUUGUGCUCGGAAGACGUCUGCCAGUGUGCUGAAGGUGUCUGUCCACGUUUGAACCGUACCCUGGAGAACGCUGUCACGGAAAGUAAGCGCAUGACAUUCGCAUGUUACCAACCCCGAGUGGAUUACGCGUUCCGAGUUCGAGUGAUGAAGGUGAGCCUCAAAAACGCUUUCCGCCUCUAUGAAGCUACUAUCUUGGAGCCCUUGCAGUUCACUAUAGAUGCUGGGAUCUCUGCAAACCAGACCCGCCACUUUGUGGUCCGUGCGGCAUGUAAGACAUCUCUGGAAAUAGACAAGGAGUAUCUGCUGAUGGGGCGCGAUGGGGAAACUCGUGACGCCAAUGGCCGGCCACAGUAUCUCCUGGAUUCGAACUCGUGGGUGGAAGAGCUGCCGCAGCCCAAGAGAUGUAGGAGCACCAACUUCCGCAACCUCUGCAAUGAGCUAUCGUCUUUCACCACCGCCUUUGUGGAGGCCGGCUGCCGCAUAUGAGCUCCAAAACAGGACCAGAAUCUUCUGUGCUCACCUGUGCCUCACCCUUUGCACACCCCCCCCCCCCGAAUCUGAGAUGCCAAAACGCUGCCUCUCCUGGUUGCUAUGUGACAACAUUCAUUCGGUGCCUUGUGCUUAGCCCCAAGAGGAUUCAAAAACUGAACAGCUGUCUUGUGCUUCCUUCCCAACUUUGUGUUGACUGGGGAUUGUGGGAGUUGUAGUCCAAAGCAUUUGAGACAGACAGAGGCCAACAACCUCUUUAAAUGCAAACUGAACCAAGUUGCUCCCUAAGCCAUUCCCUGCACUUGACUGGUUUAUUGACAGAGAUUGAGGCCAUUGUAUUGAACAAGGUUGUAUUAUCCUGUAUUAUCCUGGCCUUGGAUCUGAUUUUCAUCAGAGGAUGCAGGUGGGUAGGGAUAAAGCACACUCCCUAUAAGGUUUCUAGGUUUGCUUUAGCAACCUGACAAAUUAGACAAACCUGCACCAUACAGUGUUGAGAUCCAGUGCGCUUGGCGGCACAUGUAUCUCAGUGCUGUUUGUGUUUCUGUAUUUUGACCAAGGGUUUUCAGCCAAUAAAUUUGACUAUUUGGGGCAAUGAUGCAGCCGCUGAAGAAAGCAUGUUCUAGAAAUUUGAGUCCUGCAAGUGGCCACAGGCAAUAUUUUAAGGAACUCACACCGGAGUUAAAUAAAACUAGCAGUUUCUGCUUGGAGACUUAAACUGAUUCAGAAGAGGGAGGGAGAGAAAUGGGUAGGGUAACACAGAAAGGAAGUGCUACACAGCAGGAGUGCCAGCUUGGACCCACGGCCGACCGUGGGUGCCUGGGGCCGGAGAUGCCAUGCAGUGUGCAUGGCCCUGGUACUGAAAUUUGUGGGUGCCCGACGCUUUAAUGGGGAAUUUUCUGGGUGCUCAGGCACCCAGGGCCCCAGGGAAUCAGCAUCUAUGCUACACAGUCAUGCAAUCCUGCUGGUACUUGCAUCACCUCCCACCUCCAGAUAACUUUUCCUGUGAGCUCCUUAGCACAACAGCUUUGGUCUGUGUGUGAUAGUUGUUCGGAGAUUACGACAAUCACUCUUGUGAAAUGAGGACGUGUUGGUUAUGGAGGUUUAUCCUCUAAAGUGUCAUUCAUUUUUAUAUUUCCAAACUGCUUGAAAGCAUUAAAGUGGUACAUGAUUUAAUAAAUAAUAAUAACAACUAGCCUAUAAUCUGUAAGAAAAAAAUCCUUUGCAUUGAACGCCAUGUUGCACUCAAAUGUUUGCACUAUUUUAAGCUGCUAUUGUAGUCAAUAAAGGAAAACAGUUUGCCAA